AUGGCGAAAGAGAGCGCUCAGGUCGGCUCAUCAUCCGGUCAAGUGAAUUUUGGGUGGGUAGCUUCCAGGCCGCAUCGUGACCAACCCUCCCAAUUUUUCUCCUCGGGUAGUCAGCGAAUACUAGAUCAAGAGCGGGGUCUAGAGGCAGCAAGACUCUUGAGGUCACUCUCCAAUCUCAUUGCUCUUAUUAUGUCGAUCGACGUCCUAUCGGACAAGAGGAACAUUCUCUCCUCGCCAAGAGAUGAGUUCAAUAAGAAUGACUCACAACUCCUCAUCAUGAACAAGU